AGGUAGCUGUCCUGGCUUGAGGUUGAAAUGUGAGAGGCUGCGGGCUCCUGGCGGCGGCGUCUCCCUUAAGUGGCGAAGACUGCUGCGAGGGCGGUGCGGACACGGCCUGGGGGCUCCUUCGGUGGCCGGCCGUGUGAGCCGCGGGAUGAGGAAGCGGACCGACGCCGUCGCCUUGGAGCAUGAACGCUGCGUCGCCUUGGGUUCGUCCUCCCCCGGCUCGACUGCCGCGGUGCUGGACGCCGACUGCCGCCUGAAGCGCAACUUGCGCUUGGCCGGCAAGGGGCCAGCUGAGACGCGCUGCACCGCUGACGAGGGAAUGAAGCGAGCGUUAGGCAGGCGAAAGGGAAUGUGGUUUCGACUGAGGAAGAUACUUUUUUGUGUUUUGGGGUUGUAUGUUGCCCUUCCAUUUCUCAUCAAAUUAUGUCCUGGGAUACAGGCCAAACUGAUUUUCUUAAAUUUUGCUCUGCAGGUGUCUGGAUAUACAAGUCUGGAUACUGAUAGAAACUUGGAAGUCGCCGGCCAAAAGGGAAUUUCUGCUCAAAAGAGGAACAGUAGAAGAAGGAACAGAAAUAUGAGGGUUCCCUAUUUCAUUGACUUGAAAAAACCACAGGAUCAAGGUUUGAAUCACACCUGGAAUUACUACCUCCAGCCAGAGGAAGACGUGACCAUUGGAGUCUGGCACACUGUUCCCGCUGUCUGGUGGAAGACCGCCCAGGGGAAGGACCAGAUGUGGUAUGAAGAUGCCUUGGCUUCCAGUUACCCUAUAAUCCUGUAUCUGCACGGGAAUGCAGGCACCCGGGGAGGUGACCACCGAGUGGAGCUUUACAAGGUUCUGAGUUCCCUUGGUUUCCACGUGGUCACCUUUGACUACAGAGGUUGGGGUGACUCAGUAGGCAUACCAUCAGAGCGGGGCAUGACCUAUGACGCACUCCAUGUUUUUGACUGGAUCAAAGCAAGAAGUGGAGACAACCCUGUGUAUAUUUGGGGCCACUCCCUAGGCACUGGAGUGGCAACAAAUCUGGUGCGGCGCCUCUGUGAGCGAGAGACACCUCCAGAUGCCCUUAUAUUGGAAUCUCCAUUCACUAAUAUCCGCGAAGAAGCCAAGAGCCACCCAUUCUCAGUGAUAUAUCGCUACUUCCCUGGAUUUGACUGGUUCUUCCUCGAUCCCAUUACAAGCAGUGGAAUUAAAUUUGCAAAUGAUGAAAAUGUGAAGCACAUCUCCUGCUCCCUGCUCAUCCUGCACGCUGAGGAUGAUCCAGUCGUGCCCUUCGAGCUUGGCAGAAAGCUCUACAACAUUGCUGCACCAUCUCGAAGCUUCCGAGACUUCAAAGUUCAGUUUAUCCCCUUUCACUCAGACCUUGGCUACAGGCACAAGUACAUCUACAAGAGCCCUGAGCUUCCUCGGAUACUGAGGGAAUUCUUGGGGAAGUCUGAACCUGAGCUCCAGCAUUGAGCUCACUGCCCGAAGGAGCAUGAAGACCUCUGCCUUCCUCCCUGUUCCCCUUACCAACCCAGCACCCUGGAGCCCGGGUGCCAGCGUCUACAGUGCACCUGAAAAGAGUACUCAGAUGCCAGCUAGGGCAGGCAGAAGCAGCAUCGGCAGGCUGGUGGCCAGGAGCAUGGAUCUUGUGGAAACAUGAGUGGCAGGCACAUGGCUCUCUCUUCUUGCUGCCGUACAACCUGAGCUCUUGUUGGAAAGACAGUGAUACAGCACACUAGCCAUGGGCUGGUCAAUCCUACACUUCCUGAGCUGAACAUGGAGAAUGGGGCAGGAGACAUAAGGUCUUGGGACCAAACUGAGCUUCCCAGGACCACCCACAAGAAUGUGGGGAGACUUGGGUUCUUCUGUUUCUUCCCAGCACAUGCAGAAUGGUUCCAUUGUCCCCUCCUGCCCUGUGCACCCCAUUUGCCUUCUCCCUGCCUCCCUAGGCAGACCCUACUACCCACAGUGGGGGGAAGUGCCUAUGAUCUGCACUUUCUCUGCUUUCUGCCCACCUGUCUGCCUAACCUGGCCCUAGACUGAGCAUUUAAUAAAAUUGUGG